CGUUUGUCAAAACAGUACAUCACGUAAUUGUUUUUCACUGAUUUUUUUUUUCAAGCGAAUAGGUAGAUUUUUGUUUUGUGGGUUCAUUUCAAACAUUUGCUUUCAGGGAUAGAUUUCUCCCUGAUAAGGCAAUAGACUUGAUUGACCAAGCUGGUUCCCGAGCUCAACUUCAGAAAACAGAAGUAACAACCAAUGGUCAUGCGAUGGUUACGGAGGAAGAUAUCCAACAUUUGGUUUCUUCCUGCACAGGAAUUCCAUUGGAGAAACUCUCACCCUCAGAGUCAGAAAAGUUGCUCAACAUGGAGAAAACAUUACACAAAAGAGUUAUAGGACAACAUGAAGCUGUGGAGGCAAUUAGCCGUGCCAUUCGCCGAUCUCGUGCUAGAAUAAGAGACCCCAGCCGGCCAACAAGCUUCUUGUUCAUAGGUCCAACUGGGGUUGGCAAAACUGAGUUGGCCAAUGCAUUGGCUGUUGAGUAUUUUGGCUCAAAAGAAUCCAUUGUCAGGCUUAACAUGAGCGAGUACAUGGAAAAGCAUAAUGUUGCCAAGCUUAUAGGAUCACCCCCUGGCUAUAUAGGCCAUAAUGGAGGUGGACAGCUGACAGAAGCUGUUCGGCGCAGGGCACACUCUCUGAUCCUCUUCGAUGAGAUUGAAAAGGCUCACACAGACAUUUUUAACGUUCUACUUCAGAUUUUGGAAGACGGCAUGCUCACAGAUGAUAAGGGUAAAGCAGUGGAUUUUCAAAAAACUCUUAUCAUAUUGACCUCAAAUAUUGGCAACAAAGUGAUUGUUCAUGGGGAUCAGUUUGAUUUUGGGCAAGUGAAGACGGCAGUUGCAGAUGAGCUUAGAAAAAAAUUCAGGCCUGAGUUCUUGAACAGGCUUGAUGAAGUGGUGGUAUUUAAGCAACUUGAUAAUGUUCAGCUGAAACAGAUAAUGGACAUUAUGCUGAAAGAUGUUAUUCAAAGACUUGAAGAAAAGAACAUUUUCCUAGUGGUGACGUCUGAGUUCAAAGAGAAGUUGGUUAAGGAGGGAACUAAUCCAAUGUAUGGUGCUAGGCCAUUGAGAAGAGCAAUUGUGAGUCUUUUGGAAGAUAGCUUGGCUGAGAAAAUUCUGAGAGGAGACAAUAAAGAAGGGGACACAGUAACCGUGAGUCUUGACAAGAAGGGAAAUGUGGUAGUGACUUAAAUUGUUGUCAAAAUGGUGAUCAAGUUGCUAAUGUUCAAGAAGUUUACUCUACUUAAUGGAAAAAUGG